GCUUGCAUCCUUCGACUCUGCCUCGUUCGGCGCACGCAGUGUGUGUGUCGUGCAGAGACAAGGCUGCGGGACAACAUCUUGCCCUUCGGCUGCUGCUUCAUUCCCUCUGACGCGCCGGUCGCUCCUCUGCCAAUAACCGCAAUACUUAAUCAGCCCGGCGGCCUCCUGUCUCGACCUCCACAUUCUAACCUCCUCCGUCCCACGCGCCACCUGCCCUCACCGCCGAAUCUGCCACCGUCCUUGCCGUGUGCCCAACUAAUCAUCAUGGUCGCAGACAAUUUGUAUGAAAAGGCCCUGCCUGUCCUGCAGGACGACGCCCUGGAUGACGAGGACAAGACGGACAAGCUCGAGGAGCUCAUGCGCAAGGAGACCAACCUCACUGGCAAGUCGCUCGAGAACAUUGUCCUCGACUGUCUGUGGCGAUACCGCGAUGCUGGCAGCUCGUCCAGCUCUCCUCCCAGCCGCCAUACUGUCAUCCGCCGCCCAUCUCCAGCUCCAUGGCAGGCCAACCGCGCACCCACUCCGGUCAACAACUCGCCGCGCAUGAUCCACCCCCCUCCUGGCUUUGGAGUAGGCCCUCCCGGCUUUGCGCGCACAAAGUCAUCGACAGCAUCGCCCUUUACUUCGCCACGCCCCUCGCCGCGCCUUGCUUUUUCCACGCCCCAUAUCCCUCACAGCCCCAGCUUGAGCGCAUACCAAUUCAGCGACUGCGCGAGCCCCAACACGGAAUCGUACGGUGACCUCGAUACCCACUCUGUAGAUUGGCUCGUCAAUGAAGAUGUUGGAGGCACCGAGACGACGCUCAUGGGCGACGGCACGCUCAAUGGCGCUGCGGCUGAAUGGGUACAGCCACAAACCAUGGACAUGGGUCCAUAUGACAUGCUCCGCUCCAUCCUGCGGGACGACCGAUCAGACGAGGAGCUUGAAAGGGUCCUCGAGGCCAAUGGCUACGACCUCAGCGCUGCUCUGCUCGCACUCAUGGGCCAGCAAAUCGAGGCAGCACAGCUCCCGGCCACCCCUUCCGAGCACACUGGAUACGUUAUCGGAAAGUCCAUGGCUCCAACAUUCAGGCCCGCGACGCCAAUUGGUCAGCAAAAGAGCAACAUUGUGUGCAAGUACUUUCUAUCCACUGGACAUUGCGCCAGGGCGGAUUGUCGUUUCAGUCACGAUACUAGCAAGACUCUGUGCAAGUACUAUCUCAACGGUAACUGCCUGGCUGGCGAUACCUGUCUCUUCUCACAUGAUCCCUCUGCCCUCAUGGCUCGUAUGGCCGUCUCGGAUGUCUCAACACCACCCCUGCCCAACUUCCAGAUGACCGACUAUGAAUUCCCCUCUCUCAGCUACAACGGCUCUCCCAUGGGCACGCCUUCAAUAUCAACCUCAGAAGCCACCUCCCUAGAACAGCUCUACGGUAUUACAAGCGGUGGGCCUACACGUCCUCCACCUGGUCUCAGCCCCUAUGUCAACUUCACCCCUGGAGCUGGUAGUCGUCCGCAGUCACGCACAGGCAGCCGUCAAGUAUCUCGUGCAGCCACACCGUCUGUACUUGCAGUUGACGACAAGGAUGCCUUCCCUACCCUGGGUACUGCCGCAGCUUCAAAGACCGGAAAGCGACAUCACGGAAAGCGUGGGGGUCACAGCCACAACAAGGACAACCCAGGUCCGAACAACCUUGCAGACGUUGUCCGCAUGUCGCCCUCCCCAUCUCCCGCAAUCCCGGUUCGAAAAGGCUUAAGACCGGCCAAGAGUUUUAAUGGUUCACGUGAGAACAGUGCGGCUGCUCAGGCUAUCCCUGCACCCCAGCACAUUCCUUGGCUUGUGACUGGGGAGAAGGGUAAUCAGGCAUAUCUCGAUGCUCGCGCCGAAGCCUUCAAGCAUGGCAGUUUGCGUAACAAGUUCCUGCAGAGUGCUGCUCAGGCGUGGAACCGAAGUGAUUCGCGCGCGGCUAAAGCUCUUAGUCUUAGGGGGCAGAGUGAGAACAACCUAAUGCGUGAAGCCCACCGUGAAGCCGCCCGUAUUCUUUACGAGGAGCGCAACAAGGAUAAUGACGACUCGAAAGAGUUGUAUGUUGAUCUUCAUGGUCUGCAUCCAGAUGAAUCAGUGUCGUAUCUUGAGGGUAUUCUGCUGAAGCACAGCUCAUCAUCUCGCCCAGUGUAUGCCAUUACUGGAACCGGCCACCACUCAAAGAACGGCAAGGACAAGGUUGGAAAGGCUAUACGAGGUUUCCUCAACGAGUGGAGAUAUGCUUUCCGCGAGUUUUCCGUACCUGGUGACCGCAACAACGUCGGUGGCAUUCUUGGUAUCGACCCGAGUAGCUAUGACAAGAGCGUUGCGGAGCGGGCAAAGGAGUCGGAAUCGGAUGCAGACAGUAAGAAGGACACAAAGAUCCGUAUCAUGAAGAGAGAAGAUGUGGUGGAUGCACCGAAAGGGCCGAAGCAGGCUGCUUGAUCUAACCGAGUGGGGGUGGGUGGCACUCAGUAGGUAGCAUGAAAUAAGAAAGAG